AUGAAGGAUGAUGAAAAUGAUGAGCUUCAACAAUUAAAAAUUCAACGUGAUCAAUCACAACGUACUUCACAUUUAAUUGAUGAAUCAGAAUAUUAUUCUUCGAGACAUAAUUUGACGACAUUACAAGUUGAUUCUUCUUCAGCUAUGAAUGAUACAAUUAAUGAAAAGAAGCAUCAAAUUGAUGUUAAGGAGAUUGAGUUUUCAUAUAACAACACUAAUAAUAUAACUUUGGAACAAAAUGAUAAACAUCAGCAAGAUGUGGUACGAAAAUAUGUAUCAGAUAUAAAAAAUAUUUGUAAUACCAUAGAGAGUUGUGCUCAAGCUUUAGAAGCAAUUAAGUCAUUGGAACAUUCAUAGAAUUCAGAAAUAUUAAGAUUGAAGAAUAAAAGUAACAAAACAAUGAUGUAACUAAUGGAAUAUUAAUUAGUUAGAGUCAAGUCUUAAAAAAAAUAGUUUUGUUUAAAAUCAAAUUCUUGUGUUAAAAGUGUAAAAAAUUAAAAUCUAUAAUUGCUGAAACAAAACAAAUAGAUUUAUUGGAUUUAUUGGUUGAAUGAAUAAGUGCUAAUAAGUAGAAAUCAAUUGAUUAAAUUUAAUAAAUUAUACAAGUUGACGUGAAGUUAUUUCACAACGUUGAGUUGUGCGAUUUAUUAUAU